GCGAGAAUAAAGCAAGAUGGCGUCUGACGGUGAAGACGUUAUUGCAGUCGUCACAGUUCAGUGUUCUUAAUCUGUGCGUCCAUGUACACAUAUAUGUCCUUUAUUACACUCUAUUAAAUAGAGUCAUAAUAACUGUUUGUAUAUUAGUCUGAGCGCACUUUGAUGCUUCUCCAGCUAGCUUAGCUUGCUAGUUAGCUUAGCUUGUUAGCUGCUAACAAAGAGAGAUGAAAACACAUCGCUAAGCAGAGAUCAAGUGUGAGUGUAAAGUGUUGUGAUUGUGUGAAAAUGUGCGAAAGAACCAUAGCAGAGUACGAGGAGGAACUUUGUCCAACAAAAGAGGAGAAGGAGCGACAACAUGAAAAACAUCAAGUUGUGUUACACACAACAGACAUCCAUCAGCUGAUUGGACACCAAGAAGAAUGUCUCCCUCAUCUGCAGGGGGACAGUUUCACUUCAGAGGAUCCACAGCCCUCACACAUGAAAGAGGAAGAGGAGGGAGAGUGUCCUGUAGGGCAGGAGGAGGAUGAUGUCAGCAAGUUUCCACUGACUGUUGUCUCUGUGAAGACUGAAGAGCAUGAAGACAAAGCACCUGAGUCCUCACAGCUUCAUCACAGUCCAAACGUUCAACAGCCCCUUCACAUCAAAGAGGAAGAGGAUGAUCCACAGCCCACCUACAUUAAAGAGGAAGAGGAGGAUCCACAGCCCACCCACAUGAAAGAGGAAGAAGAGGAUCCACACAUGAAAGAGGAAGAGGAGGGAGAGUGUGUUGAAAGGCAGGAGGAGGAUGAUGUCAGCAAGUUUCCACUGACUGUUGUCUCUGUGAAGACUGAAGAGCAUGAAGACAAAGCACCUGAGUCCUCACAGCUUCAUCACAGUCCAAACGUCCAGCGGGUGUCAGCGGGGAGUCAUGAAGAGGAGUGGCACACCAGUGUGGGACAGAAGGAGCUACAGGCCCCCUCCCACAUUAAAGAGGAGCAGCUUCAUGAUGAAGAUGAAGCUCAGUCCUUACAGCUUCAUCACAGUCAAAGUGAGGAGAACAGAGGGGCGGAGCUUGUAAGUCAACACAUCACAGAAGCUGAUGGAGAGCAUUGUGAAGAUAUCAAGUCAGAACCAGACAGCAUCUUUGCUCCACUGUCAGACAUGGACCACAUGAUGUCACACUCUUCUGAUCACAGUGACCACAUCCAAAAACCUUUGGAGAGUAAAAAUGACUCUAAAGGUGAUACGAGACAUCACACUAACAACAAACACUUUGACUGCUCUGAAUGUGGGAAAUCAUUUAGACUGAAGAGUGAUUGUACAAGACACAUGAGAACACAUACCGGAGAGAAACCUUUUAUUUGCUUCGUUUGUAAGAAGAAUUUCUCCAGAAAGGAACACAUGACCACACACAUGAGAACACAUACUGGAGAGAAACAUUUUACUUGCUCUGUUUGCAAGAAGAGUUUCUCCAGAAAGGGCGUCAUGACCAGACACAUGAGGAGGACACACACUGGAGAGAAACCUUUUGCCUGCUCAGCUUGUGCUAAAAGAUUCAACACUAAGUAUGCAAUGACCACACACAUGAGAACACACACAGGUGAGAAACCUUUUACUUGCUCUGUUUGUAAGAAGAGUUUCUCCAGAAAGGGUAUCAUGAUCAGACACAUGAGAACACACACUGGAGAGAAACCUUUUGCUUGCUCAGCUUGUGCUAAAAGAUUCAACAGUAAGAAAUACAUGAUAUUACACAUGAGAACACACACAGGUGAGAAACCUUUUACUUGCUCUGUUUGUAAGAAGAGUUUCUCCAUCAAGCAAGUCAUGACCACACACAUGAAAACACACACUGGAGAGAAACCUUUUGCUUGCUCAGCUUGUGCUAAAAGAUUCUACACUAAGAAAGAAAUGAUAUUACACAUGAGAACACACACAGGUGAGAAACCUUUUUCUUGCUCUGUUUGUAAGAAGAGUUUCUCCAGAAAGGAACGCAUGACCACACACAUGAGAACACACACUGGAGAGAAACCUUUUACUUGCUCUGUUUGUAAGAAGAGUUUCUACAGCAAGCAAAUCAUGACCACACACAUGAGAACACACAAUGGAAAGAAACCGUUUAGUUGCACUGUGUGUGAUAAAAGGUUCAGGUAUAAGUAUCAGGUCAGUAGACACAAGUGUGUAACAGUCAUGGAAGCUGCAGGGAUUUAAAAACACUUAAACAGUGAUUGUGCUAAAUGUAGUUUAAAAACACAGCAUGUUUAAUAAGAAUGUAUAUUUGAUGUUGUAUGUAGUGCUUCUCAUCUUCUAGUCUUAUAUGUUGUCCUGUACUUACUUUUUAAGUUGUGUGCAUGUAUUGAAUAUUAUAUAUAUAGCUACUAUUUUGUUAUAUUUUCUCAUCAUUGAAGAGAGGACAUCUUAUUAUUUUCAUUUUUUUUUCCCCACACAUUUUUCCAUUGCAUUUUAUUGAUGUUAUUAUCCAACUAAAGGUAUGAAUGAAUAAAAUGGUUAACAAAAUGUGGACUCUGGUAGAUUAGCAGCAUUGUUACAUCAUGGAUGUUAACUACUGCAAAACAUCAACAAAGAAGAAAAAUGCUGAAGUU